AGGGUCCAAUUUUUCCGACAAAAACGUGCUAUCCAAGUGUUAGACCGCGACAACAGACAAGCAACGCUUGAAGUGCCAUUGACAUUUCAUCUCAGCCAGACACCAUGAGCGGGCUGCGUGAGGUGUCCCGGUGCAUCCGGCAGCUUCCCAAAACCCCUCUUACAAGACCGGCAGCACCCCAGACUAUACUUCGACGAUGCGCGUCCUCGCAGGCCGCUGCCGCGCAAGUCGGAACUGCUGCGCCGGCAGUAAGAGCAGAGCUUGAUGACCUGGAGCAACGCUCAUCACAGAGUGAGGCCAAGUUUGGCGAGGACUACAAGCAGAGGGCGCCGUGGGUUGGGUUGAAGGAUAGAAACGCAUUGCCUGGCGGAAGAUACCACUACUUUCCCCCUAAGUAUGAUAGAGGUCCAUUGCAUCCACUGCAGGUACCCCGUCAGUCGGACCCUACCGCACGAGACUUCGUCCCUGGGCCCUUCAACAACCCUCGACUCCGUCAGACGUACGAGUCCACGAUCAUGUCCGAUUACCUGACACUCGCCUACAACCACAUUCCUCCUGGAGAAUACACCAAGCCUGUCGACAAGUCACAGUUCCGGAAAUGGGAAGGCGACAACCCAUACUUUGAAAACCGUCCGCUGCGUCCGCCUCGAGGCUCUGCCCGUUACCGCAUCGCUGAGCAUGAUAUCAGUUUUGCCAAUGUCCCCGAGAUCACCCAGAUCACGCUUGCAUGCCACGUGCCCGAGUCCAACGCCAACCCGUUGUACCUCUUCACGGCUCGUACCAUGUUGCAAACCAUCACAGGUGUUGUACCUGAGGUGACCAAGUAUAAGAACGCCAAUGCUGGCUUUGGUCUCCAAAAGGGCAAGGCUAGCGGUGCAAAGGUGACUUUAAAGGGCAACCAAGCAUAUGAAUGGCUCGACAAGUGCAUCCAUAUUGUUAUGCCCCAGAUUAAGGAGUGGCCAGGAGUUAAGGGUAGCACCGGUGAUAACAAAGGCAACAUCGCAUGGGGUUUUGAGCCCAAGGAUAUGGUUCUUUUCCCCGAGAUCGAGUCUAACAUUUCGACAUUCCCUCCUAAGAUGCUUCCUGGAUGCCGUGUUUUCAUCACCACAUCGGCAAGGUCAACAAGGCACGCCCGGCUGCUUCUUCAAUCACUUGGCAUUCCGUUCUACGGAGCACUCGCCUAAGUGCAAUGAAGCCGUUGCAACGAACUGUCUGGUCAAAUCUGUUAUAGCCAGCUGUAUAACACAUUCUGUACAUUUUGUGUAAUGCCCUCUGGAAAAAAAAAAAACUUUAGACACUAUGUUCAAUUUCCUUGAAUCUUCCAUGUUUUGAGAUGAAAUCGUUUGCAUGUGAAGCAAGGUAUCAUUUAUCACCCAGAAUACGCCAAACGCCGGUCAACCCGCCCAACAUGCCGCGCCUAUUACUAAAAUUCCCAGUCCCUUAUGCCUCUAUCA